AUGAUUUAAUGUUUGCUAUUUGUCAAGGUAAAUUUCCUGUAAUCAACAUCAGGUUACAUUCUAUGGUAAUUUUAAAGGAUUAAGUCUGGUGAUAUUCAAAUUGGUCUACUAAUAAGAAUAACUAAAACUAAUAAGAAUAAAGCACUGUAUACUAAAGAAGUGAAGAAUUUGUUCCUCUAUAUGUCAGUUUUCUGUUCCUACAAACUUAAUAGUGCUUAUUUCAAAAAAGUUAUAAAAGGCUGAACAGAGAAUUAGUUGACAAUAGCAAAAAUAUAGAAUAUUGCCAGCCUUAUCCUUUAACUGUAUCUAGAUAUUGUAUGUAUUGUAUUGUAUGAAUAGUGAGAGGUUUGUACUACUUUUUAAAAACCAUGAUGGCUUUUUGUUUUCUGUUGGUCAAACUUGUGCUGGCUGUUGGCUGUUUAAGUUCAUAGUUUUACAGCUUUUUCUUCUGUCCAUUGUACAUUUUUAACUACUUUGCUCCUUCCAGAGUGAGUACAUCAUCAUCAUAUCUGUCAAUGACUGACUCUGUUACAAGUUUUUCCCUGUAACAUAUCAUUUUUUACAACCUGAUUUUCAGUUACAAUCAUUACCAAUGAAAACCUCAUACAAAGAGACCUCAAACACAUUUCUUCAUCAGAUUUGAGCUCCAAGUGUGUUUUGUUGCCUAGAGAUAGUGAUAUCACGAUGUCCCCAAAGGAGAUAGAAGCCAAAAUAAGCAUGCACAGUUAGCCAAGGCUCAAAUUGCAUUUCUCAGUUUGGCUUAAAAACCCACACGUCCUUUAGGCUCCACAAAUCUGCCACAGUCAGCAUAUCUGUUAUGUAGCAGAGAUCUCAUCCAGGUAAAGUUAGACGGAGAAGCAUCCUACAAACUGCCUUUCUUUUAUUGGCUGCUGACCCACUGUAACUCCAUACAGACUGCAGACUGUACACACCCACUAGGAUGUCCUUGAGAGUCCUGGAAGCCAUAUUGGCAUCUGCAUCCAAUCUGAAGUUCUCGGAAACUGGAGCACAACAUUGGCUGUUGAUUAAAAAGCUUUUGAGUUGUUGUUGAAUGGAGGCUAAAUGGGCUUUAGAGUAUGUAGCUGGUAUAAAAAGCUUGCUAAUGACAGACUUGGAGAGCUUGGUCAACGUGUGAUGUUGUGCCCUAAAGGCUGCAGCAGACCUUAUGUUUAAAAGCAGCAACGCUUCAGGAAUGUUUAUAGUACUGCAUUAGUGUGCACUAAAAUAAAAAUAACAGCUUUCAUGAUGAAUGUGAUGACUGUUUGCAUCAAUGGCUUUAUAUUCUUUUUUAAAUAAGCAUUACAUUGUGCUGUAGCUUUGCUGAGCCAGCUCACAAAUUUCAUUUCUUACAUUUAACCCAGUUUAACUCCUCCUCAGCAGGUAGAGGAGAAAUGCUUUAGUAGCCUAGUUCUCUGGCUCUGUCGCUCAUUUUCCACUGACAAAUUUGUUUUCCCUUAUCAUCCACUCAUAUGCCCCAGCUCACCUCACACUUGUCCUUGUAGGCAGCUUAUUUUGGCUUGAGUGCUGUUUUUCUUUGCCUAGGCUGUGGAGAUCAGCCAGCUGCGGGGAAGCAGAUGCCAUGGAAAUUCAUCUCUUGUAUAUACUGAUAAUUUCUCAUUAUCUAAAUGUGAUACUUUUUCAGCUUUUAUCAGAGAUCAAAUAACUUGCAUUACAUUAACAUACCCCUCCCCCAACAGUGCCUUUUUUUUCUUUUUUACCAGUUUUAAAAUAGUUAUAGCUGAUUUAGUUGUAUCUUCUCUUAAGUCUACUACUUGUGCCCUUGAUGCCCUACCAAAACUACUACUAAUACUACUGCUACCACUAUAACUAAUAAUAAUCCAUUUAUUUAUAUACCACUUUUAAAAAAUAAAGUAAUUUACAAGGCAGUGAAUUCAAGAUAAAUGAAGCAAAAAUAAAAAAGAAUCUACAUCGUAAGGAGAAGUCUGCCUCUGCCUUCACCACAAGCUCCCAUGAUCUACUUUCUGUUCACUUUCUCAGUGGGGAAAAGUUAUCUGGCACCACAGAUCAGAAUGUUUAACUUUUCUUACCCGUAAACUUCUGAUGUGCACUAACCUUAUUUCUUUUCUACAGGUGUCAGUUAAGGCAGUGGUUCCCAACCUUUUUGACUCGAGAUUUUUAAAACCAAUGUCUUCAUGAAAACAAGUUGCAUAUGUCUGAGUUGUGAGCAUUUUAACCAAAAAGUGUUUUCCCUUUUCUCAAUGCUUUCAUUGGAAUUGUAGUUGGGCUAGAAGAAGUGAAACUAUCUAGUAUUUCACAAUAGAAAAGUAAUAUCAUUAAUUUAUGUAGCAGAACAGUAAUUUUUUUAUAGUUUGCAUUUAUUUGAUAACAACAGGAUUCUAUUGAAAUAAAAAGGCUGAUUCAUGAUGCAUUGCUCGUGCUGCAUUACCACACAUUAUGUAUGACAGAUGGUUUUAAUCUCACACCUUCCUCUUCCGUCCAACCUUCUUUUCACUCAAACCACCAGUGUGGGGCUUUUCUUUCCUGAGUGUGACAGUGAUCAAUGCCUUCUCACUCACCGGAGUCUUCAUCGUGCCUCUCAUGAAGACGCGCUAUAUGAAGUAUGCGCUCACCUUUUUCAUCGCUCUUGCCAUUGGCACACUGUUCUCCACUGCCAUCCUGCAGCUCCUGCCAGAGUGUGGGGUUAUGGGAUCCUGUGUGUGACACUGAUCUCUCUGUGUUCGCUGGUCGGGGCCAGCGUGGUCCCCUUCAUGAAGAAAACCUUUUACAAGCGACUGCUGCUCUACUUCAUAGCCCUGGCCAUUGGCACCCUCUACUCCAACGCCCUGUUUCAGCUCAUCCCAGAGGCCUUUGGUUUUGACCCCAUGGUGGAUUUCUACGUGUCCAAGUCUGCAGUGGUGUUUGGAGGCUUUUACCUCUUCUUCUUUACUGAAAAGGUCCUCAGAGUGCUUCUCAAACAGAAAAACGGGAGCCACGGUCACAGUCAUUACCCUGGUGCAGAUCGUUACUCGACACCCGACGGGGAUGUGGAGGAGGGGGAGAAGGAGAAGCUGCAGCAGAAUGGAGAAGCCAGCAGUCUGGCUCUGGGCAAGGUGGACACAGGGGAGGGUGAGCUCAUGCUCAGUCCUGCACAGACACCACAGGAUUCUCAGAGUCCAGACAGCGGGGGGCGGUCCGGUGGCGGUGGCUGCUAUUGGCUGAAAGGGACGUCCUACUCUGACAUCGGCACACUUGCCUGGAUGAUCACUUUGAGCGAUGGUCUGCACAACUUUAUCGACGGCUUGGCCAUUGGCGCCUCGUUCACCGCCUCCGUCUUCCAGGGUAUCAGCACCUCCGUGGCCAUCCUGUGUGAGGAGUUCCCCCACGAGCUUGGAGACUUUGUGAUCCUGCUGAAUGCUGGAAUGAGCAUACAGCAAGCUCUGUUCUUUAACUUCCUCUCAGCUUGUUGCUGUUACCUGGGCAUGGGCUUUGGCAUCCUGGCUGGCAACAGCUUCUCCCCCAACUGGAUCUUUGCCCUGGCAGGGGGAAUGUUCCUCUACAUUGCUCUGGCAGACAUGUUUCCAGAGAUGAAUGAGGUGAGUCGUGAGGAAGAGGAUGCGGGCGGCAGCAGCUUCCUCCUCACCUUUGCCAUCCAGAACGCUGGCCUGCUGACCGGCUUCGCCAUCAUGCUCCUCCUCACCACCUACUCUGGACAGAUACAGCUGGGCUAGCACUGGACUCCUCUGGACCAACACCAGCUCUGACCAGUACGAAAUGAAACUGAGAUGUCAGCUGGUGUAAAAUGAACCCAAGAGGAGUUUUUUUUCCUUUUUAUCUUCCUCCCAUUGUUGACCCUGGAGUUUGGGGAGUUUGGCUGCUGUGCGGCAGGUACGCACACUUCUCUGUCAAAAAUAUCUAAGUAGCCGUUCGUGCGCAGUUCCCAGAUGCAGUAGAUCCCAAGCGGAGGGGAUAGCAGCCUUUUUUUUUUUUCAUUUUUGGUCAACCUUUUCCUGACAGCUGCUCCCUCUAACAGUCUCGAAAUAUCAGCUGAAGCAGCGUUCAGCCCGCAAAGGCAAGUUAAAGAAGUCCAGCUCCCUUGCUGUACGCAAACUGACGUGCAAUACUCACCCAGUCACUCAAACCUUUCUCCAGACUACUGAUCAGCCAUUUUGGCUCCUGCUCUUAUUUUUCUCCCCUUAUUCUUCCCUCAGUGGAUGUCAUUGAGCCUCAACUGCUGAGAUUGAGUAGAUACAGAGUAUUUAUAUCACUAAUCCUCUAUGCCCCAAACACUUCCUCAGGAGGUGGGAAAAGCACAAUCAGGUAACAGCAACUGUAUAUUUUACAUCCUUGAGUCUUUAUCCUCCCAGACUUUAACAGUCCCCCUCCCCUCCCCUUUUUUCAUUCCAUACCAAAAACAAAUCGGACCUUAACUGGAAUUUGAAGUGUCAAUAUCCAACUGACUUCCAGCUGGACUUUGUCGUUUGUGUGUUGAUGUUAUAUUUUUUAUACAUGAUAAACAGGAAAAAUGAUCAGACUUUUGAAGACCAAAUAUGGCCCGACCAUUGAGAACGGUGAAGGGCUACACGGUGGCGUUUGGAAGGGCACACUUUUAUUCUCCUCAGUAUGGACUCUUCGUCUACAUUCUCGGUAUGCAGUUAGAAAUUCCUAAUGAAGCCUGAGUCAGAUAUGUAGUGACAAAGUCCAGAUUUUGAUAUAAGUGGCUUUAUCCAGAUCAGACGCAACAACACUCAGCGUCCAUAGCAGCAUCUCUCCACAUAGUUUACCAUCUGUGCCCCUUAUUAAUAUAGCAUUGAAUAGUUUUUUUAUUCCUUGUAUUCUUGAACUCAAAGUGCAAAUCUGUGGUCUUCACACAUCCCAUAGACUAUUUUUCCCAGAAUGAUCUAUUCUUUUACUGUACAGUUUUAACAGAAUACUGUAAGCUGAAUCAUAUAAACAUGCACACUUCGUCUACUGGUCUGUGACCAUAUCCAUAUUAAUAACAUGUAAUAAUGAUAGACAAUUAAGUAAGUUAUAUACUGUAUCUAGAUUGAGUGUAAUGACAAACACUCUCUGAAUUACAGUAUAUGGUCAAAAGUAUGUACACACACUGCUCACAAUGCUUUUAUGCCCAUUGCUUUUCAUGGUGGGGUUUGUUCCUCUUAAAUAUUACUAUUUAUUCACAGAGCUAAGCAUAUAGCAUAUAGCACCUUUGGAAGACCCAGAGGAUCAAUCAAUAACAUUUACAGCUGAAGGUAUUUCCUAAAUCCUUAAAGACUCUUCAAACCAUCUGGAUGAAAAAAAAUACUGUCAGCUGCAAGAUAAAAAAAGAUUUCUAACCAGUUUCCAAGUUGCAACAUAAAGCCAGGUUUUGGCUAAACCCCUUAGUUCCAAAGAACAUUCUUUAAAGAGCAAUUAGUGGAUUAAUCUUUAAAACAAUGAAGCAUCUGGUCAACAUUUAUUAAGCAAAAUGGCAAAAAGUCCCUGCUUCCAGCCCUUCAAAUGAAAAUAAUAGAUGAUAAUAUGAUAUGCAUCAGACGAUUAAUUGACGAGUCAAGAAAUAAUCAAUAAUGAAAAUAAUUGUUACUUGCAGCCCUAGAAAUCUUGCUUGUAUCCUACAAUAUACAACACUAUGUUGGACAAUAGUGAACUUCCAACUUUAAGGCAACAUUUUACAGUGUUUCCUGUUGCAACUUGCCCCUGUGCACAAAGCCAGCUCCAUAAAGAAAUGGUCUGUCCAGUUAGGUGUAGAAGAACUUGUGGCCACAUCAGUGUUGGACCUCACUUAUGUUCUUGUGGCAUCUGGACACAUCUGGUGGAAAGCCUGAAACCAGAAUAGUGGAGGUUGUUAUAGAAGCAUAUUAUAGUCCGUGGUUUUGAAAUAAGCCUUGGUGCGAUGUUUGGGUGUCCACAUACUUUUGGCCAUGUAGUGUAAUUAACAGUGAGAGGAACUGGUGAAAAACGGUUUAUGAUAUGUAAUGGUGAUUUUUUUUUGGUGUGUUCAGGGGGCUAUUUGUUUGUCAUGUUGUAAUGUGACAGGUUUUACUUCAACAAACUUAAUAGCAUUGUUAAGAAUAACAACCAUAGCGCCAUCAUCCUUUCUGCUACUGUGUACACUACAAGUUUGGUUGGGUCUCUGUUGAUCCAUAUUUACUGAUGUCUUACAGUGGUGUUAAUUCCAGCAGUACACAGAUUUCUCUCCAUACAAAAAUUCAAAAUUCAACACAGGAUAAGAGAUCCAUUACCAAAAGCUACACACUUUUCUGUACAUCUUAUAUGAGCAUUGAAUAGAGCUGUACUAUUAUUUAGUAGAGAUAGAAACUGGAAGCCGUGAUUGGCCGUCACAUUAUGUUAGCCUACUAUAAAAAUACUUUUUUCUGUUAUUCCUGAAUGGAGAAGGCAAGCCAUUAAAACGGGUACCAUAAGGUACAGUAUUACUGCUGCUUGAUAUGUAUGAUGAUUAUUUAUUGUUGUUUGAGCCAUAAAAUAUUUAUUUGAUGUUUUAUACUCAAGAUAAAGUAUUCAGUUUAGCUUUACACCACAAGCCAUGAAAGUAGACUAAAGUUCAGUCUUUUUGUUUGUUGUUGUAUAUCUUUGUUUUAGUAUUUUACGUUGAACAAAUAGGACAGCUACCAGAAUACACAAAAAAAAACCUUAUUGCAUUUAACUGUAUGCCAGACCAUACACACACAGAAUUUCUCAUCAAUUAUGGUAAUAUAACAUGGUGUUAUGGUCAGACACAGACUAAUGACUUCUGGAGCACACAGACAAUAUUAUGACAGCUUUAUUGGUGCAAAACACUCUUUUUCAAUGUCAUACAACCAAACAACAAACCAACCAAUGAUCAAUUUGAAUGAUUUAUCAAAGUGCGUUCAGAUGUGUAAUGCAUAAUUUUGAAAAAUAUUGUACCUAAUGUAAUUUAUGGGAAAUCCUCAUCAGCCUUCUCUCUGUGUCAUGGGAAUCUUCUUUUUUUUUUUUAUAUAAACAUCCUUUUCCAAGAAAA